UAUACAUGCCUGCAUCCCCGCAUCUCCUCUGCAUCGCCACCCAACCCAACCCAAUCCAGCGCAGCCCAAAAGACAACAUACACCACACCAUCACCGUCGACACCACCAUGGCCACCCAGCUGCUCCCGACCGGCACGACGCCACGCUACGCACACCUGUACACUGCACUGCAGCCUGCCUCCGUCUCGUUCUACCUGCCCCAGCCCCAGCCCCAGGUACCCGUCUCAUCGCGCCCGCCGCCCCACGCGUUCGUCCGCGCACGCCGUCUGCCGCUCCGGCAUGCCCAACACGCCGACGAAGACGACAUGGGCGAGACCGUCAUGGACACCGCAGAGGGUAUUCCGGCUGCCAGAACCAGCACCAUCGCCGCCGACGACAUCCUCGCCGCGCUGCGCACGUCCUCGCAUGCCCCCCCGCACAGCAGCUGGGGCGCGCACCUCGUCGCGCACCUGCGCGCGACACAGCAGCUCGGCCGCCUCACCGCCGCGCUCCGUGCCGCCGAGCGCGCCGUCGGCCUCGACUGCAUCCGCCUCUGCUGGCUCUUCUCCGCCCCUGCUCACGAGCUAAAGGCCACGGCCAUGGCUGUGCAGCGCGUCCUCGCCGCCAACGCCGGCGUGCUGACAUUCCACUCGCUGCACGAAGGCGGCCUCGCAUACAGCUUUAGCGUCGCCAUCAGCGAGCCGCUCGGCGCUGCGCUCCUGCACGCAGAGUGCGCGCUCUCCAAAGCGGUGCACGCCCACGCCCCCAGUCCCGUACAGCAGAGGCUCCCCGCCGCGCGCGCCGCCCUCGCACGCAUCUGCGCGUCCUCUUCCUCCACCUCCUCCGAGGCACUGGCACCGGCACCGGAAUUCUGGGUUCUGCGCGAACGCUGUGCGCCGUUCGCGCCUGUUUGCGGUGCGCAGGCAGAGACGGGCGCUGCCGCCGCUGGCGUCGUCCGCGUCAGCGAGGCAGAAUACUCCGGCUUGCUGCGCGGCGGUGCUCCGAUGCGCCUCCGCCGUGCCCUGCGCUCAAUUCAGGCCGAGCUGUCCGAACUGGACCUCUCCCUCUCCUCCUGGGCCGAGGUGGUGCGCGCGUUCGAGCAGCUCGGGCAACAGCAGCGUGCGCACGCCCCCGCCGACGCCGCGAGCAACGACACCGACGAUGCCGACGCGCCGCGUGGCCGCUCACGCUCCCUGCACAGCACCACAAGCCCUGGCGCGGGCGUGGGCGCAUCAUCGGCGUCGCUGCACCAAGCUGCCGCAGGCAAGUCUGGCGAACACAGGAACGACAGCGCCGUCGCCGGUCUCGGCUUUAGUCCUCAGGAGGAGCGGCGCGUGCAUGGGCCCGACCUCGCUGAAGACGACGAUGACGACGGAGACAACGAGAGCGGCGCGCGCGCAGGAAUGCAUGCAAAGUGCAAACGCAAGCGUCUCGAUGCGAGCGCGCUGCGUUUGGAAGACUGUGCCGUCGACAUGUCUAACGGCAGCGCAGCGCUCGUGCUGCCUUUGAGCGCGCUGCGUCAGAUUGCCUUUGUCUAGUCUACGCACUCGUCUGUCAAAUGCGCGCGCCGCUCCUCCUCUUCUCUGCGAAAUGAGGCGUCGCACCCCCGUUUGCUUCAUCAUAGCUUGUACAAUUACAAAUCUCAAUCGAACAAUCACACAUGCCCUCGUAAUGGAA